UCCAGCUGGUGCGGGGGAGAGUCACGCCACGUUACACUGCCACAACCUUCUUUAACCUCUGAAUACUUCACCAUUCUAGAGCCGGGAGAAGUAGUGAGGUGUACAAAAUAAUGGCAUCAAGGUCCGGGCACGUGGUGAGGUGGCUAUCAAAGCAGAUUUAUAAUACAUCAUGGGGUUGUGCAAGCAACGUGAGGCUGUAUUACACUUACUCUCACGAGCCGUUUCAUCCACUGAAACGGGCACCUGCAUGGAAGACAGCCGAGGAAGCCGUGUCUGUCAUUAAGUCUGGAGAUGUUGUAUUCGUGCAUGGAGCAGCUGCCACUCCCAUCAAGCUGGUGGAAGCAAUGACGAGACAUGGCAAAGCUAACCAGCUAGAAGAUGUCACUGUCUGUCAUAUUCACACUGAGGGCCCAGCGCUGUACACUCAGCCAGACUGUGAAGGCAUCUUUAGGAGCAACUCCUUUUUCAUAGGCUCUAAUUGCCGCCAGGCUGUGAAUGAUGGUCGAGGGGACUUCGUGCCUAUAUUCCUCUCGGAGAUUCCACUGUUGUUCCAUCGAAAAAUCAUUGCUAUUGAUGUUGCGCUUGUACAGGUGUCACCCCCAGAUAAACAUGGCUUUUGUUCUCUGGGUACAAGUGUGGACUGUGCACGAGCUGCUGUGCAACAUGCUAAACACAUCAUUGGACAGGUGAAUCCUUGUAUGCCUCGCACAUUUGGUGAUGGUGUGAUCCACAAGAGUCACUUCGAUGCCAUGGUGGAUGGUAUAGAAAACUUGCCAGAGCAUGAACCCAAAGAAAGAUCAGAUGUCGAGAAUGAGAUAGGACGACUCAUAGCAGAGGAACUGGUGGAGAAUGGUGCCACUUUGCAAAUGGGUAUAGGCAACAUUCCUGAUGCAGUUUUGUCUUCGCUUAAGGGUCACAAAGACCUUGGUAUACACUCUGAGAUGUUCAGUGAUGGCGUGGUUGACCUUGUCGAGGAUGGCUGUAUCACCAACACACACAAGAAAUACCAUCCAGGAAAAAUUGUUGGUAGUUUCAUAGUGGGAACACGUAGAGUGUUUGAUUUUGUUGACAACAAUCCAUUUGUUGUAAUGUGUGAUGUGUCAUUUGUUAACAACAUUCCCAUCAUUGCCCAAAACCCAAAAGUGACAGCAAUCAACUCGUGCAUUGAAGUGGACCUGACUGGGCAGGUUGUGUCAGAUUCCAUUGGCACAAUGAUGUAUUCAGGUGUUGGUGGACAGGUGGAUUUCAUUAGAGGGGCAGCAGUGAGCAGAGAUGGACUGGGAAAACCCAUCCUGGCUAUGCCUUCUGUCACCUCUAGGGGCGAGUCUAAGAUUGUACCAUUCCUCAGGCAAGGAGGAGGUGUGGUGACGACACGAGCUCAUAUACACUACUUGGUCACAGAAUUUGGCAUUGCUUAUUUAUUUGGUAAGAACUUGCGUCAGAGGGCUUAUGAGCUCAUCAAGAUAGCUCACCCUAAUCAUCGAGAAGCACUGGAGAAGGCAGCGUUUGAGCGCCUUCAUUGCAUACCAUCUCAGUAAAUAUGAUUAAAUGGUUCCAAGUUGAAGAUUGCACAUGGAGAUGAGAGCUGCUCAAGAACUUUGUAUAAGAAAAUAUGUCAUUAGGGAGCAAUGUGAGUUACUCAUAUACCAAAGAAUAAUGAUAGCAAAGCCUAUAUUUUUAUGUUGUACAGUCGAACCUUAAUUGAUACGUGUUUAUCACUGCAGUUUUGUCAGUACAGUAACAAAAGAUACAUUCAUUGUGGUCAAGACUGAAAUAGGUAGAUUCAAAAUGUGCCAAUUCAUUACCCCUCUCUCGGUUAUGGCAACUUAUGUUCUUGCAAGAAUAUAAUUUAGAAUGUGGGUUCUGUAUUACCAUGAAGUGGUAGGCCUCUUUUUAGUCUGGCAGAGAUAUGCAUAAUUUCAGAAGGGCCAUGCAUUUUGUGAUAAAAGCAUAAAACUGUAAGUGUUUUAUGGACCAUUAGGUGUGAGAAUAUUGGAACCACUCUGGUUUUCAAUCUGUGUAUGCGUGGUAACCAUUAUUUUUUUUUUUUUAAUGUUGGCUGCACGCAACUCCAAGUUGAUGACACUAUGCCAGUCAUGAUGAUAACGAAUAAAACAAUAAUAAUGAUGAUACUACUAGUGCAGGAAACUCCAGUACCGCUAUUUCUUAGUAUUCAAAGGCAUUAAUCACUAUCCGCAGCAAGUUCAAAUUAUUAGUGUCCUAUGACCGUGUCCCUGGCAUUUCAUCUGAUUUUGGUAACGAAGCAAUUCAGGUUUUUAAAACUCAGGGCAAUGUGUCCACCAUCAUUGAAAUUGGGUGUUUUCACAAUUUAACCCAUGGACAGUAUAGAUUACAAUCUUGGUUUGACAGCAUCCUAAAAUAUGUUUCACCGCAUUGCUACAUCCAUUUUUCAACACUCCUACAGUGACUAUUUUUCACAUACAGUAAUUUGAAUAUCGUGAACAAUUGUUUAUGUAUAUCUGAAGUUAUCUAUUACUUUUGACUUCAGGUUACUCUUAUUUCACUUUUAUUAUUUCUGUUUUAUUGAUAAUUCCACUGAUAUCACAUAUGAAGUUAACAGGAGAAAAAUAUGUAUAUAAAAAAAUGCAAUAUACAUACAGUAUUUUGCUUGACACAUGGUAGGCAACAAGUAAACAGCUACCUGGAGGUGUUCCGGGAGGGGGAGGGGUCAGUGCCCCUGCAGCCCGGCCCAUGACCAGGCCACGUGGUGGAUCAGGGCCUAAUCAACCAGGCUGUUACUGCUGGCCACACGUAAACCAACAUACUAUCAGGUACUGACUUUAGGUGCCUGUCCAGCUCUGUCUUGAAGACAGCCAGGAGGUCUGUUGGUAACCCCACUUAGGUAAGCUCUCCUGGAGCACUGUUGUACAUCAGUGUUACCAAAAUAUGUAUAAUCCCUGGCUUAUUUGGCAUGUUUUCUUCGACCAAAUGGCAUAUGACAGCCAUCUUCAAAAAUUGCUGUCACAGCUGAAUGGGUUGAGAAAUUGGUUUCACUUAUUCAAAUCUUACAAACUAAAAAAUACAUCCACUCAGUAUCAUGUUGUUAUCAUAAAGUGCACGAUUGUUUUGUAUAUCUACUGGACUGUUAGCUUGCAUUAUAAUCUCUAGAGGAGAUGAAAUGAGUUAACGUGAGUUUCUCACUUUUUAGUUCAAGGCAGACCAGGAAUAAUCUUUGUAGGCCCUGGACACUAAUAGUUAUAGGCUCCUGGCUUAGAUUUGUAGGUAAAUAUUUCCAUUGUAAACAGUGUAGGGACCUGUUGAAGUUUUGCAGUUAAAUGACUCGAGUCGGCUGAUAAACAUUUGUCAGCCAUAUUGGAUGUGACUCUUCAAGCUUAUAUUGUUAAGCUGUGAGAUAAACCCAUGAUUUACAUUAUUGCCUGGUGAACAAUGUCUAUCCUGACAUUGCACAAUGUUUGAAAGCCUAAAAAAUGCCUUGAUGCAUACCAGUAUAUACUGAAUUUUGUUUGGGGGUAGGCGAUAUAUUCACUUAACCUAGAAUAGUCCUAUUGAACACUGACUAAUUAUUUUUUCCACAAUAUCCCGGUCAUAGGUUCUUGACCCGAGGAACUGGAGCUUCCCUCUCUUGCAUUGGAUAAAAUAUGAUUACUUGCCAUUCCCUGGAUAAUGUAUUAUCCCUAUGGCUUUAGUGCUUCCUCAAAUGUAAUAUUAUUACUAUUACAGUAUAAUGUAUUACAAAAUAAACAUUAAACCCGUAAGUUGUACAGUGCUGUCACAUUUUAACGCCAGUUCCUCAUCAAGGUAGGGUAACUCAAGAAAGGAAACAAAUUCACUGUCAGGAGAAUGGUAGGUAAGAUUUAAGAUAAAAUAAGAUUUGUUUGGAUUUUUAACUCGGAAGAUUAGCCCUCCAGGAUAACCCAGUUAAUUCAGUGCGUCAUUGUCAUCGGGGACUUCUUAUUUCUAUUGGGGCCCUUUAAUCUUGUUCCUCAGGAUGCAACUCACAACAGUUGACUAACACCCAGGUACCUGCUUAUUGUUAGGUGAACAGGGAUAGCAGGUGUAAGGAAACAUUGCCAACAUUUCCAACCGUGCUGAGGGUCGAACCACGGACACUUGGUAUGGGACCUGAGUGAGCUAUCAACUAAAUCAUGGUGUGAUUUGAUAAAAAGGUAGGCUAGUGCCAAAUCCUUGGCUCAAGAACUCUUCCCCAGCAUCAAUACACAAGCAUCAAUACACCACCACCCUUGUCGACUCCUUGUCUCUCUGCCUCACGGCAGAAAUUCUUAAUUUUUUCCUUGCAAAAUCCUGUGGGAACCUUUGUAAAAUGUUAGAUUUAACUUUUCUCAUCCUACCGAUUAAUAUAUCCAACAUCAUAAGCAAUAAUUAUCGUAGAGCCUUAGAAAUGUGAGAGCACUCUCACAUUUAUGUUCUGGUUUCUUUCCAAUUCCCUAGGUGCUGUAUGACCCCUAUGUAGAGUUUGUUGCUUCACUAUGAUUGUAAUAAUUAAUUAUUCUCUUUUUUUUUUUUACCUUGUCAUUACUACAAUUAUAUGGUAAUUCAGGAGAAGGCAAAUUGUUUGAUGAUUCAAAGGAAACACACUAAUUAAUACACUGUUAAAAAAUAUAUCUUACAUUUUACCAUCUAGGAGCGUAACCUAUAUUUUUCAGUCUUUAUCAGUUUAGUCACUUUUUUUUAAUCCAAUCACUAUUUUUUUAAUUCCUGCUAAUACCUCCAGGAACAACUACUGUGUUAAUUAAGGUUCAACUGUUUAUGGAGUUGUAUGAUUAAUGUCAAUAAAAAUUAACUUACAAAGGCCAAGCAAAAAGCCAUAGGAAUACAGUAUGUAUAUGUUAUUUUAUUAUAUUAAUCAUAAGUCUAAAUAUUUUUGCAGCUCUCAUUUUUAAGGCAUUAUAAAUGCCAGUAAAUAUAGAACAUAUUUUUAUUUUUAAAAUACUGUAUAUUUUUACGAAUCUGCAAAUCUUAAAAUGAAUACUGUUUGUAACGUUGAUGAUGAGUGCUUUUGGAAUGUAUUUGGUAUAUGAAUGUUUUAAUUGAUAUUUGAAAAUUGAAGAAUUACUUUUAGUAAACUUGGCUCAUUUAUAACUUAUAAGAGCCUGUGAUAGUAUAGUUUUAGUUACAACUGAAUACAAGGUCAAAAUGGAGAGUACAUGAGGCAUCCUCAUAAUUAACCUAUCAAAUUAUCAUACCAUAUUGUCUAACAAGUUAAAUAUUGGGUGCAUUAGGAAAAUUAAUUCUAAAUAAAUAAAUAUACUUUCAGAAUGCUAGGGUAAUGAUAGAUUUGUAUGUUGUUUUUUGCCCUAUAUUUGAGGGAAAAUAAUUUUUUAUGUCAGCCUACAUUUCAUAUAUACUGUAUAAAUGUCAUAUUUUCACAUUAUGCUUUAUGUUUAUUCAGGUCAAAAGUGUACAUAAAAGGUAAAUAAAAACAACUUAGGAAGUACAGGUAAUGGUAAAUUAGAUAGUUAAUUUACCUUUUGAGGUAAAGUUAAGGAGAUAUGACAGGGAUAUGACAGAUAUGGAAAAGGUCCUUUGUGAUUAUUAUAAAAUAGAUCAUUAAAAUAACCAAAACAGAUACAGGUUAUCAAAAGAAAUUCAGAAUUCAUAUUGAAGGGGGAAAAAUAGCUUUAUAUUUGCAGUUUACCCAAAUACUUUUGAAAAUAAUUCUGUUUUGAGCAAAUAAGCAAAACAUUAAUGUAAUGUGAUAUAUCAUUUAUAUUAAAAUGCUUGCAGUCACCAGUUAUACAAUUAAUUUUGCUGGUAAGCUUUCUUUAUCUGACUGAUAGUACGUUUGGUUCAUUUUUCACGCUGUUAAAGUUCUUAUAUGGGACUUUUUGACUUCAUUAUAUACCAGUAGAGUAGCAACAGAGUGAAACUCUGGUCUUCCAGGUGGUAGGGUGUAUAUUAGCUUUUAUCUUGGUGGGGAAGGUCAUCUUCAUUUCUGCUUGUGCAUUCAGUUGUAUCUAUAAAUGUUGCUAGGGUUUGUAAAUCUACAAAACUGGUGGUGAUGGUUGUAUUUCCUGUCACUAUAAAUAUGAAAAUUUAUUUUGACAAUGAUCUUAGCCAUAUAAUAACCCAAUAGAGAUUUUAGCCACCUGGUAAAAUAUAAAUACAGCACCACAUUAAAAGAUCUAGGGCAGGUCCUUCACUCAUAGGAAACAAUGAGCAGCACAGUGCACUCUCCAAGAAUGUACAGAACUGGAAGUUGUUUUGGGAUUCUCUUAUAACAUAAUAGGUUAACUUGGAAAUUUUUCAUUAAAGCAUAGGUAGUUAAUAUUUUUUUCUCAAAACCCCAGAGUUAAUGGGUUUUAAUAUUAUUAUUUGUAUCAUUUGAUACAUGGCAUUACAUGAAUAUCUUUAACUCAGCAUCUGAAUACUUCCAGAGGUCUUCCUAUUUAAGGCUUUAAUGCUUUCUGUGGUUAUAAAUCUUAAUAAAAAUGAUGUUAAUGUUAAUAUAUUAAAGUGCUUCAAUCAGAAGAUUUGAUGAAUGGUUUUGAAAACCGACAAGUUGAAGAAUUGAGACACUUAUGCAGCACAUGGGAAUCUUUAUUGAAGAAACGUUUUGCCACACAGUGGCUUCAUCAGCCCAAUACAAAGUAGAAAUGGGUAAGGUUGAGGAACUGAUUACCUCAAACUUCUCCUUACCCAUUUCUACUUUGUAUUGGACUAAUGAAGCCACUGUGUGGCGAAAUGUUUCUUCAAUAAAGAUUCCCAUGUGUUGCAUAAGUGUCUUAAUUCUUCAAUCAGAAGAUUAUUCGUGUUUACACACAGUUUUAUAUCUAUACACACACACACACACACACACACAAUAUGGAAAAAGUGAAUAUGUUCAGAAUUUAGGAGUAGACUUGUCGGCAGAUGAGUUUAUGAAGGACUAGGUAAACCAUAGAAUUGAUGAAGGAAAAGAAAGUGGGUGGUGCAUUUAGGUAUCUGUGGAGACAAAGAAUGUUAUCCAUGGAGACAGAAGGGAAUUUAUGAGAGGAUAGUGGUACCAACACUUUUAAAUGGAUGUAAAGCAUGGGUUGUGAAUGUAACAGUGAGAAGGAGGCUAGAGGCAGUGGAGAUAUCAUGUCAAUGGGCAAUGUGUGGCAUAAAUAUUAUGCAGAGAAUUCGUAGUACAGAAAUUAGGAGGUGUGGAGUUACUAAAAGUAUUUUAGAGGGCUGAGGAGGGGUUGUCGAGGUGGUUUGGUCAUUUAGGGAAGAUAGAGCAAACUAGGAUGACUUGGAGAGUGUAUAAAUCUAGUGAGUGGAGGAGGCAUAGGGGUCAUCCUAGUAAGGGAUGGAGGGAGGGGGUAAAAGGUUUUGUGUGCAAGAGGCUUGGACAUACAGCAAACAUAUUUGAGUGUGUUAGAUAAGAAUGGAGACAAAUUGUUUUGGGAUUUGAUGAGCUGUUGGAGUGUGAGCAGGGUAAUAUUUUGUGAAGGGAUUCAGGGAAACUGGUUAGCUGGACUUGAAACCUGGAGGUAGGAAGUACAAUGCCUGCACUUUAAAGAAGGAGUCUGAGAUAUUUGCUGUUUACCUGGAGCUUACCUGGAGAGAGUUCCAGGGGUCAACGCCCCUGCAGCCCGGUCUGUGACCAGGCCUCAUGGUGGAACAGGGCCUGAUCAACCAGGCUGUUACUGCUGGCUGCACGCAAUCCAAUGUACAAGCCACAGCCCGGCUGGUCAGGUACCGACUUUAGGUGCCUGUUCAGUGCCUGCUUGAAGACAGCCAGGGGUCUAUUGGUAGUCCCCCUUAUGUAUGCUGGGAGGCAGUUGAACAGUCUUGGACCCCUGACACUUAUUGUGUUGUCUUUUCUCAUUCUAGUGGCGCCCCUGCUUUUCAUUGGGGGAUGUUGCAUCGUCUGGCCUGAAACUGAACUGGCAGGGUUGAGAAUAUUCUGUGUAGAAAUCACUGCAUAUAUUCGUUUAUGUAUUAACUUUCAAAAAUUUUAGACAGUAAUAGUAAAUUAGAUAUUGGCAGACGAUGCAACAUCCCCCCAACGAAAAUAUUGGCAGACGAUGCAACAUCCCCCCAAUGAAAAGCAGGGGUGUCACUAGCACGUUAAGAGACAAUACAAUAAGUGUCGGGCCUGAGACUGUUCAACUGCCUCCCAGCAUACAUAAAGGGGAUUACCAAUAGACCCCUGGCAGUCUUCAAGCUGGCACUGGACAAGCACCUAAAGUCGGUACCUGACCAGCCGGGUUGUGGCUCGUACGUUGGAUUGCAUGCAGCCAGCAGUAACAGCCUGGCUGAUCAGGCUCUGAUCCACCAGGAGGCCUGGUCACAGACCUGGCUGCGGGGGCGUUGACCCCCGGAACUCUCUCCAGGUAAACUCCAGGUAAACUCCAGGUAAUAACUGUUAAUUUCAGUAAGGUAUCCUUUUUUUAUGGACUGGGCUAACACAAGGUAACUUAAGGAUCUUGGGGAAAGUUUUAGUUUCAAGAAAUUUAUUAAACAAGGCUAUAUAUGAAUGAUAGUAUAUUUGCUUUAUUACCUCCUCUGUUAUUAGUGCAUUUAUUGUUGAUGUUACUUCAGUAAAUUUUGUUGGGGGCAGGUAUUAUUUUAUUAUUAUUAU